AUGGCGCCCUUCUCAUCCCCUCUCGUCCAGUCCCAGCUCUCCACCCUCCUCCUCCUCACCGCCAUGUACCCCCUCUCCCCCGAACUCACCCUCGCCCCCUCCACAUCAGCCUUUGCCCAGCAGGCCGAAGAAGGCGAAGAAAGAGAAGCACCAGAUGCGUUGGAAGUUGAGCUGGACUUGAAGGUGGACGAUAGCAAAGGGGAAGAAGGAGAGAGGGUGGGGAUCUCUGUGCGGUUACCGACUGUGCCGCUUUCAGAAGGAGACGAAGAAGAAGAAGCGAGGGUGGAAAUACACCCGAAACAACCGACCUGGCUGCCAAAUUCGACAUAUACUUCCCUCCUAGAUUCAUUACCACCACUUCUACCAUUAUCAGAAGGCGGAGACCCGAACGAACAUAUCCUUACCACAAUCGACCUCAUCCUUACUACCCUCUGCCCGCACGCUCCGUCAAAUCUCCCAGACUCACCACCCCCGGAGAAAGAAAAGAAGGGCAAAACACUACCACCGAAGGAUGGCGGUCCACAAGAGAGGGUGUGGUUUUGGUUCCCGAUGCUGCAUACGCGGGAGAAGAGAAAAGACUUGGUUAGCUACGCGAAUGAAUGGGGACUCACAGGGUUUGUCCUUGCAGGAAAACCCGCGUUGUUAUGUGUCGAAGGAACGGGGAUAACAGUCGAAAAGUACAUGUCGCGCAUCAAAUCCGAAUCCUGGGGCGACAUUCCCUCAUUCCAGAAAAAAGUUUCAGAACGUUUCCGGAAAGAACUCGGCCCAUCCCUAUCCAACCGUGCCUUCUCAACCAUGACAGACAUCACAUCCACCGUCUCGAAAUACGGCCGGUUUGGGGAUCGAGGCGAGAUGGGACAAGUGAAGCGGAUGAUGGAGGAUUGGGGAGUAGGAGAGGACUUUAGACUGGCUGUUAUGAAGAGGGAUGAUUAG